GUGUCGGUCACUACAUAAAAUUCAGCGCAUACUAUUUUAUUAGGGACUGAUUUAGAUAGUCAAAUGUAGUGAUUUCAAAAACAAAUAAAACAGAACCCGUUGCAGAUGCAUGUUUGCAAAGUAUGCCUUUAUUAAAAGACGUGUGUCAGCAAACAAGAAAACGCAUACGUCAGCGAUAAUUAAUAAUAACCGCACAGUUAAUCGGAUAUUGUCAACAAGUACAGUUAUUUCAUAGACAUAAUGGAUGCAGUGAAUGCAGACCUAAUGUGGCCGGCGAUGUUAUUUACGCUGCUUGCAAUUGUUGUAGCAGCAGUUGCUCUUGGAAAAAAUAAUACUGCUGCGCCUUCAAAGGACAUCCAUAGUGUUGUUGAGGAUGAGAGAGUUGGUGCAGACAACGGAGCCUCUCUCAUUCAGCAUCAGUCUAUUGCAAAACCCAAAGACGAAUCUAUGGAACUUGUAAAGGAUUCUAACCGAGAUCAUGGGGAAGAAGUGUGCAAGUCAGAUUGUCCAACUAACACCAGCACCAAAUGGGGAGAGGAUUCAUCAGAGUAUGGGAUAAGAAAUGCUCUGAAGGAUUAUGCUCAAUCACCAGAUGCUGAGAAUAUGCCAUUGAGAUACAUGACUGGCAUGUUGAGGUCCAGCCAGCUUGAAAAGAUGAUGACUAAUGAAGAACUGGAGGAAGAGCUGAGGGUUCAGCGGGAGCAGUUAGCUGCCAUCUUCCAGCUGCUCAGAGACAAACAAGACACGUUUGGUGAGGUGACCGAGAGUGAUUUAGAAGAACAGCUGAAACUGUACUCUAUUUAACAGAUCACAUCAAGAGACUACUGAAAGUACUGAGGCACAGGGAAGUUUGUAGUUUGUGGAUUUGGAAUAGUUCUUGUCACCUUCGUAGAUUUAAAUAUCUGUGAACCUUUCAUAAAUGAUGGUUUUUCAUAUCAGAUACAAUCCUAAUUGUCAGUGACUUAAACCAACUCCCAGCAAUAUUUGAAUAUAUGAAAAAGGGGUUUGUUAAUUACUUGCAAUCACAAAUAUACAACAUUACAUUUUAUCUAUAUCCUCGUGCAACUCCAUGUACACGUGUGGACAUUGUUUUUGGCUUUGUUAUACGCAAUGCAUAUUAUAAAUUCAUGUAAACUGACUGAUUUCAGUUCAGAAUACUCUGGGAUUUAGUAAAGGCUUAAACUUUUGACGUACAGAGUCAUGUGACAAAACAACAUGGCGUCGAACACAGCAGAGUUUGUCUUUGGGAGAAAUGCCAACAAAACUACAUCUGGUAAAAAACCUAAUUAAGUUUUUACAUUGAAAUGUAUUGGAGUCAAAAGAUUAGAGUCUCUAGUUUCAUCCAAUAUGCCAUUUUAAAAAAUGUGAGCGAUUUAUCGCUAAACGCCAUACUGCUUAACACAAUGUACACUAUUGUGUACUUUAGUGCUAUUCUUCCUUAGAAAUCCUAUGUUUACUGUGCAUUAUCACAUUGAGAACCAAAAGGUUAAUCCAAAAGCUGAAAAAUGUUGCUUUCAGAGACUGUAUAUGGAGUUAGGAUGAAAAUAAGUUGCAUUUCGAACUGUUCUGAGACCACCAGAGCAGACAGACAGCACACUGGAGGUUAAGUCAUUCACUUAAUAGGGAUCAAGGGAGCAUCCUAUAGAUUUCCUAUGUAGCCAAGUGCAUUUACUCCUAAAAUCUGACCAAAAGUUCAGUUUCAGGCUGCAGAUAAUGCUUGGCAGACAUGGGACAUUGGUAAUCAGUACAUAGACUCAGAAUUUUUAAUGUAUAAUUUUAUUUUAACAUGGUUGGCAGUGACUGGAUGAUGUUGGCCAUUACUUUGAAUCAGAAUUAUUUAUGCUGAUUUCUGAUUGGUAAAAUGCUUCAGCUCUGGCUUUCACUUGUUUGUUUGACAGUGCAAAGAGAGAACAAUGAGAUUUUGUUGCCAAAGUAGAAAAAACAAUGCAAUAUAAAAGUCAAAUAAUUUUUGUUUGUAUAGUUUUUUAUUUGUGCUUUUACAAAUACACAUUGUUCCAAAGCAGCUUUACAGAAAAUCAGCUGUAAUGUCUGUAGCGUCUCAAAAAUAUGAAUAACCAACACUCCUGGAAACAUAAUAAACACUUUUAUUAAAAAAUACGACUUUCUAUAGCUUGAUAUUAUUUACAAAUAUUGUGUAGCACAUAUGUGGACAUACAUUUUUUGGAAAACUAUUUUUUUUUGCAUGUUUAUUAGGUGCUACUAUUUACAAAUAAAAAAGGGAACUGGAAAAUGCAUACAGCAGACACACUCGGGUCGCAGGAGGAUAUACACAUACUAUAU